CUGGCUGAGCCAGAGUAGCCGCCACAGACUCUGAGCUCCCUUCUGCCUGCUCUUUGGGGGCUGCGAGCCCAGGGGGACCUUUUGCAGGGCCUGGGCGUGGCCCCGGAGACAAGACCCACCGAAGAUGACGUGGAUCUGUCUGUCCUGCAUGCUCUGGCCAGAGGAUUUGGAGGCCCCCAAGACUCACCACUUCAAAGUGAAGACCUUCAAGAAGGUGAAACCCUGUGGGAUCUGUCGACAGGUUAUCACCCGGGAGGGCUGCACCUGCAAAGUCUGCAGCUUCUCCUGUCAUCGGAAAUGCCAGGCCAAGGUGGCUGCCCCCUGCAUUCCUCCAUCCAGCCGUGAACUGGUGCCCAUCAACACUGAGACUGCCCCCAAGAAUGUAGUGGACAAGGGAGAAGGAGCCUUCCGGGGUGGGAACACACGGAAAAACCUUGAGGAAGACGGCUCCACCAGAGUCACGCCAAGUGUCCAGGCCCAUCCCCAGCCCAUCAGAAACAUGAGUGUGAGCCGGACCACGGAGGACAGCUGUGAGCUGGACCUGGUGUACGUCACGGAGCGGAUUAUCGCCGUCUCCUUCCCCAGCACAGCCAAUGAGGACAACUUCCGCAGCAACCUCCGCGAGGUGGCCCAGAUGCUAAAGUCCAAACAUGGAGGCAACUACCUGCUUUUCAACCUCUCUGAGCGGAGACCUGACAUCACGAGGCUCCACGCCAAGGUACUGGAAUUCGGCUGGCCUGACCUCCACACCCCAGCCCUGGAGAAGAUCUGCAGUGUCUGCAAGGCCAUGGACACUUGGCUCAACGCAGACCCCCACAAUGUUGUCGUCCUACACAACAAGGGAAACCGAGGCAGGAUAGGUGUUGUGAUCGCGGCUUACAUGCACUACAGCAACAUUUCUGCCAGUGCCGACCAGGCCCUGGACCGGUUUGCCAUGAAGCGGUUCUACGAGGAUAAGAUUGUACCCAUUGGCCAGCCGUCCCAGAGAAGGUACGUGCAUUAUUUCAGCGGCCUGCUCUCUGGCUCCAUCAAAAUGAACAACAAGCCCUUGUUUCUGCACCACGUGAUCAUGCACGGCAUCCCCAACUUCGAGUCUAAAGGAGGGUGUCGGCCAUUUCUCCGGAUCUACCAGGCUAUGCAACCUGUCUACACGUCUGGCAUCUACAACGUCCAGGGAGACAGCCAGACCAGCAUCUGCAUCACCAUUGAGCCUGGGCUGCUCUUGAAAGGAGACAUCUUGCUGAAGUGCUACCACAAGAAGUUCCGGAGCCCAGCCCGAGAUGUCAUCUUCCGUGUGCAGUUCCACACCUGUGCCAUCCAUGACCUGGGGGUUGUCUUUGGGAAGGAGGACCUUGAUGAUGCCUUCAAAGAUGAUCGGUUUCCAGAAUAUGGCAAAGUUGAAUUCGUAUUUUCUUAUGGACCAGAGAAAAUUCAAGGCAUGGAACACCUGGAGAACGGGCCAAGCGUGUCCGUGGACUAUAACACCUCUGACCCCCUCAUCCGCUGGGAUUCCUAUGACAACUUCAAUGGGCAUCGAGAUGAUGGCAUGGAGGAGGUGGUGGGCCACACCCAGGGGCCCCUGGACGGGAGCCUGUAUGCCAAGGUGAAGAAGAAGGACUCCCUGAACGGCAGCACCAGCGCCGUCAACGCCACGCGUCCUGUUCUGUCUGCCACCCCCAACCACGUGGAGCACACCCUCUCUGUGAGCAGCGACUCCGGCAACUCCACAGCCUCCACCAAGACUGACAAGACUGAUGAGCCUGCCCCUGGCCCCUCCAGUGCCCAGGCUUCCCUGAGUCCUGAGGAGAAGCGGGAGCUGGACCGCCUGCUCAGCGGCUUCGGCUUGGAGCGAGAAAAGCAAGGCAGCAUGUACCACACGCAGCAUCUCCGGUCUCGCCCAGGAGAGGGCCCUGCUGCGCCCUCUUCUGGCCGCCACAUCAUCCCAGCCCAGGUUCACGUCAAUGGUGGGGCCUUGGCAUCUGAGCGGGAGACGGACAUCCUGGAUGAUGAGCUGCCCAACCAGGAUGGGCACAGCGUGGGCAGCAUGGGCACUCUGUCCUCCCUGGAUGGGGUCACCAACACCAGUGAGGGGGGCUACCCGGAGGCCCUGUCCCCUCUGACCAAUGGUCUAGACAAGCCCUACUCCGUGGAACCAAUGGUCAAUGGUGGAGGCUACCCCUAUGAGUCUGCCAGCCGGGUGGUGCCCGCACAGGCUGGCCACAUGGCCCCCAUGCGGCCUUCCUACUCCGCACAGGAGGGUUUAGCAGGCCACCAGCGGGAGGGGCCCCACCCAGGCUGGUCACAGUCAAUGACCACCUCCCACUAUGGCCAUGACCCCAGCGGUAUGUUCCGCUCUCAGUCCUUUCCGGAAAGCGAGCCCCAGCUGCCCCCAGCUCCAGCCCGUGGGGGGAGCAGCCGGGAGGCUGUGCAGAGGGGCCUGAAUUGCUGGCAACAGCAGCAGCAGCAGCAGCAGCAGCAGCAGCAGCAGCAGCAGCAGCCUCGCCCACCUCCUCGCCAGCAGGAAAGAGCCCACUUGGAGAGUCUCGGGCUCAGCAGGCCCAGCCCCCAGCCACUGGCAGAGCCCCUCAUGCCAGGCCUCCCUGAGUUCCCGCGGGCGGCCUCGCAGCAGGAGAUCGAGCAGUCCAUCGAAACCCUCAACAUGCUGAUGCUAGAUCUGGAGCCAGCGGCAGCGGCGGCCGCCCCACUGCACAAGUCCCAGAGUGUCCCUGGGGCCUGGCCAGGGGCUUCCCCACUCUCCUCCCAGCCUCUCUCUGGCUCCUCCUACCAGUCUCACCCACUGACCCAGUCCAGAUCUGGCUACAUCCCCAGCGGGAAUUCCUUGGCGACCCCUGAGCCCAUACCCCGGGCCUCCCUGGAGUCCGUCCCUUCUGGCAGGUCUUACUCACCUUACGAUUAUCAGCCAUGUCCGUCUGGGCCCAACCAGAGUUACCGUCCAAAGAGCCCAGCUUCCUCCUCCUCCUCUGCCUUCCUUCCAACCACCCAGAGCUCUCCAGGGCCUCAGCAGCCCCCAGCCUCUCUCCCUGGCCUCACCGCUCAGCCUCGGCUUCCACCAAAGGAGAUGACUCCAGACCCAUCUCGAACUCCGGAGGAGGAGCCAUUGAAUCUGGAGGGGCUGGUGGCCCACCGGGUGGCAGCGUACAAUGCCAGGCUGCAGGGUCUCGGGCACCCUCCCUUCCACCGGCUCCGGUCUUCCUCGCUCUCCGGAGUGCAGGCUCGGGAGAAGCAGCCUGCCGAGCCCCCAGCACCUCUCCGGAGGCGGGCGGCCAGCGAUGGGCAGUAUGAGAACCAGUCGCCGGAACCCACAUCCCCCCGUAGCCCUGGGGUUCGCUCCCCUGUCCAGUGCGUCUCCCCAGAGCUGGCUCUCACCAUCGCUCUCAAUCCUGGAGGGCGCCCCAAAGAGCCCCAUCUGCACAGCUACAAGGAGGCCUUCGAGGAGAUGGAGGGAACCUCCCCGACCAGCCCUCCGCCCAGUGGGGUGCGCUCCCCCCCAGGUCUGGCCAAGACACCCCUGUCUGCUCUGGGCCUGAAACCCCACAACCCAGCCGACAUCCUGUUGCAUCCCACCGGUGUCACCAGAAGACUGGUCCAGCCAGAGGAGGAUGAGGGGAAGGUGGUGACCAAGCUUUCCAAAGAGCCCCGGAGCUAUGUCGAGUCGGUGGUGCGGACGGCAGUGGCUGGGCCCCGGACUCAGGACGCCGAGCCCAAGAGCUUUAGUGCCCCAGCUGCCCAGGCCUAUGGCCACGAGACACCCCUGAGGAACGGGACCCUGGGAGGCUCCUUUGUCUCCCCCAGCCCCCUGUCCACCAGCAGCCCCAUCCUCAGUGCUGACGGCACUUCAGUGGGGAGUUUCCCGUCAGGGGAGAACGGCGACCCAGGCCCUCGGACACCCACCCAGCCUUUGCUGGAUUCUGGCUUCCGCGCCGGCAGCUUGGGCCAGCCCAGCCCUUCAGCUCAGAGAAGCUACCAGAGCUCUUCUCCGAUCCCGGCUGCAGGCAGCAGCUACCACAGCCCUGACUACGCACUUCAGCAGUUUGGCUCCCCAGAAAGCCAGUCCCGGUCCCAGUUCAGUGUGGCGGGUGUCCACGCGGUGCCUGGGAGUCCUCAGGCCCGGCACAGGACAGUGGGCACCAACACUCCCCCGAGUCCUGGCUUUGGCCGCCGGGCCGUGAACCCUGGCAUGGCUGCCCCUAGCAGCCCCAGUUUGAGCCACCGCCAGGUGAUGGGUCCGCCGGGACCAGGUUUCCAUGGUAACACAGUCUCUAGCCCCCAGAGCAGUGCAGCGACCACUCCGGGAAGCCCCAGCCUGGGCCGACAUCCCGGGGCCCACCAAGUGUCAAGCCUCCAUGGCAAUGUGGCCACCACUCCAGGGAGCCCCAGCCUGGGCCGGCACCCUGGGGCCCACCAAAGCAACCUGGCCUCCAGUCUCCAUGGUAACGCCAUCCCUAGCCCCGGAAGCCCCAGCCUGGGCCGUCACUUGGGGGGGUCUGGAUCUGUGGUUCCCGGCAGCCCCAGCUUGGACCGGCAUGUGGCCUAUGGUGGCUACUCCACCCCCGAGGACCGGAGACCCACGCUGUCCCGGCAGAGCAGCGCCUCGGGCUACCAGGCUCCUUCCACACCCUCCUUCCCUGUGUCCCCCGCCUACUACCCGGGCCUGAGCAGCCCCGCCACCUCCCCCUCACCGGAUUCAGCAGCCUUCCGACAAGGGAGCCCCACGCCAGCCUUGCCAGAGAAGCGGAGGAUGUCCAUGGGAGACCGAGCAGGCAGCCUCCCCAACUACGCCACCGUCAAUGGGAAGGUGUCCUCCUCGCCUGUCCCCAGUGGCAUGUCCAGUCCCAGCGGGGGCAGCACCGUCUCCUUCUCCCACACUCUGCCUGACUUCUCCAAGUGCUCCAUGCCAGACAACAGCCCUGAGACACGGGCGAAGGUGAAGUUUGUCCAGGACACUUCCAAGUAUUGGUACAAGCCCGAGAUCUCCAGGGAGCAGGCCAUCGCCCUUCUCAAGGACCAGGAGCCAGGGGCUUUCAUCAUCCGUGACAGUCACUCCUUCCGAGGAGCCUAUGGGCUAGCCAUGAAGGUGUCUUCGCCCCCUCCGACUAUCAUGCAGCAGAAUAAAAAAGGGGACAUGACCCAUGAGCUCGUGAGGCAUUUCCUGAUAGAGACGGGCCCCAGAGGAGUCAAGCUCAAGGGCUGUCCCAACGAGCCAAACUUCGGAUCCCUGUCCGCCCUGGUUUACCAGCACUCCAUCAUCCCCUUGGCUCUGCCCUGUAAGCUGGUCAUUCCAAACCGAGACCCUACAGAUGAAUCGAAAGAUAGCUCGGGCCCUGCCAACUCGACCAGCGACCUGCUGAAGCAAGGGGCAGCCUGCAAUGUGCUCUUCCUCAACUCUGUGGACAUGGAGUCACUCACUGGGCCACAGGCCAUCUCCAAAGCCACUUCUGAGACACUGGCUGCUGACCCCACGCCAGCUGCCACCAUCGUUCACUUCAAAGUGUCUGCCCAGGGAAUUACACUGACUGACAACCAGAGAAAGCUCUUCUUCCGACGACACUAUCCCCUCAACACUGUCACCUUCUGCGACCUGGAUCCACAGGACAGAAAGUGGAUGAAGACGGAGGGAGGAGCCCCUGCUAAGCUCUUCGGCUUCGUGGCCCGGAAGCAGGGCAGCACCACGGACAACGCCUGCCACCUCUUCGCUGAGCUUGACCCCAACCAGCCGGCCUCUGCCAUCGUCAACUUUGUCUCCAAGGUCAUGCUGAGUGCCGGCCAGAAGAGAUGAACCCCCACCCCUUGCCCGGGGCCAGGGCAAUGGGGUGGGGGCCUGUGGGGGAGGGGACCCAUGAAUCCCGACCAUCCUCAAAUCCAGAAGGAGGACUUUGGGCCAAUUUUGGAGAAGGAGAGAAGAAAGUGUAACAUGGGAGAGGGAAGUGAAUUGAACGGGGAGGGGGGGAGAGAGAGAGGAAGGAAGGAAAAAAUGGAGGAGAAUAAUUCAGAUUCCCCAGGGAGAUGGACACUGCGAAACCCCCAGAGCCUCCAGAUCUAACCAGGUCCACCUACCUCUCCCUCCCCCCCUCCAAGAGGAUGGAGCUCCUCGAGGGACACAGAAGCAACCCCCCUGGGAGAGCCACAUUUGCGGAGGGGACAGAGAAGCUCCUUCUCCCUAACCCAACUUCCUGGCAAGGAGAAAUCCCAUCAAGAGAACCUCUUUCUGGCCACCUCUGGGGUAGAUCACCAAACCCAAAAGAGCCGGCAUGGGACAUCCAGUAGCGGAACCUUUUGCUUUUGAAAGUAUCUCACACUCGAGGCACCUAAGGCCCCUUUGCUCUGCCCCUUUGCUCUGCCGCUGAUGCACACUUUGUGGGUGUGGGUGUGGUGUGUAUAUAUGGCCACACCUAUCUCCUUACCCACUGACUUCUCUUGGCCUCUCAGCUGGAAUUAGAAAACAGGUAAACUUGUCUGUGUCCCCUGUGUUUGCACUUGUGCACACUUGUCCAAAGAAGUUAGGGUUGGGGGUGACAGGGCAGCAGGGAGGGGGGAUAAGCCCUGUGCCCCAGCAGCACCCAGGAUUAUGGGUAACGGACUGUCUCUUGGUCCCGGCACCUGCUUUAACAGCUUCGGGUGCCGCCACCCCCUUUUCCUCAAUGGAGACCCCAGCGGGCGUGGGGCUGUCAUGCUGCAGCGUGACCCCUGACCUGCUUCCACCAGGAGGCAGGAGCAUUGGUUGGAGGGGAUGAGGACACUUGUCCAUAGCUUUGGGGGAGAGAUCCCUCAGGAAGGGUUGUUUUUGAGCACUGGGCACCUUCCCCAAGGCAAGUGGCCCAGCCUCGGGCAAGCAGGUGGCUCCUACCAGCUCCCAGCCCUCAGCCCCUUCUUGGGUUUUGUGCCCAGAUCAGCCUUCCUCAGACCUGCUUAUGUACAUGACGCCUUUUUGGGUGCUGGGGAUCGAGCCUUCCUGCUCUGCCCUGUCCUGUCCUGUCCUGUCCCGCGGGGUUCUUGUGUUAGGGCUCAUCCUGGGAACCUGCUUCCAGAAGCCCUGCUUGGUGAGGCCCAGGGAGACACCCACAGUUCUUGUGCUCCUUCUGCAAGGGUUUGGAGGUCUGACUUUUACAGGGCUUCUGCCCAGGGGAGCUGGGCCGAGCUCGGGGUGGGGUGGGGGCUGCCACCUGUACCCCAUGUGGCCUGCCUACCAUACCAAAGUCUUGCUCCCUCCCCCUUCUGUCUCAAUUUCCUUCCCAGGCCCAGCUGGUGUUGAGCAGAAGGCAUAUAUUUAGGCCAAAGGGUCAAGAGUCCAGCUGAGCAAUUGGGAAGCCCCAGAGCCUCACCCGAGGUCUCUAAGCUGGAUGGAAAAAGCCACCAGGACUCCAUCCUUCAGUAGCUUCUUAAGCCUCUGGGUUCCCUAGAGAGAGGCAUUGUACUGAUAUAUAAAUAUAUAUAAUAUAUAUAUGUGAGACAUACUGACAGAAUCUGUAAGCUAAUAAAAUAUAAGAAAAGGUUAAAAAAAAAAGACUAGGUAAAUUGACAGGAAGUAUUUAUUAUUUCCCCAUAUUGUUUUAUUGCCUCCCUGGUGGAAACCAACCCCCAUCCUUCUCUCUAUGCAUAAGCGAAGCCUUUAUCCUUGGAGCAAUCAGGGGUCUCCUUGCUCUGGCCUUGGCCUUCCCUAGACUCUGUCUGAGGCUCAGCGGGGAGGGGAGGGGGUGCACGUGUUUGAGCCCCUCCACAUCCCUUAUUUUUGGCAGGCUCGGGCCUGGCUGUCGGUGCCCAGAGAUGCAGAGAUGAGAGGGGAGCUGCCCGCUGCCCCAUGGGGCCCAAGCGGGUGUGUGGGAGCCGGGCGGGGGUGGGGGGGCUGGUGCGACAUGGGUGUGCAUGGUGGGUGUGGGUGACAUGUGCGUCUUGCAUUUUUUUCUCUUCCGAGAAGCUGUUACCUGUGCGGUUGUUGUGUUUUAGGGAGUUGGAAAGGAGAGCAUCUGAGAAAGGCAGGGACCAGCUGCAUUCCCCCCCGCCGCCACUUCCCAAAGGCUGAAACCACGUUCUCAGUGAACCAGGUCCUCCCAAGUGCUCUUCCUUCUGAGGCCUUCAAGCCAUGUACCCUGAUCUCCCCUCUCUCAUGCCCCGUCUAACCCCAGCUCUCCCCAGACAGAAAAAGGAUGUUCCCUCCCACUUUCUUUGUAAAUAUCUUCAUCUCCCACUGGACAGCCCGGGGACUCUCUCCUCCUGGUCUGGACGGCCAGGCGGAGCCUCGGACCCUUCGGGCGUCUGGGGUCAGUCUUCGCAUUACUUUCCCACCGCCCACCAGCAGCCACCCUCCCCGCACGGCCAUCCCGCCGCACUCAGGCCUGAGCUGUGUGUGACCCCAGGAAGGAUCAAUUUCCUAGAGCUUGGCCUGUCCAGAGGAAUGUUGGGGAUGGGUACCCCAGGCCCCAGCAUGGCCUCACCUGGGGCUCAGACACUGCUUGGGAAGACACUGUAACCCUCCCGUGUCUCACGGAUUAAGCCCGUGCGCACACGCGCGCGCGCGCACACACACACAUUCACACACAUACACACACCACCACAACACUGUAGCAUAUUCUUGCCAAAGAUUUCCUUUAAAAGAAAGCACUUUUAGUCAUUUUUGUUAUUAUCUUGUAAAUGUGUACCCUUUUUUCUCCCCUCCCCUUCCCCCAUGUUUUGGGCUGUUGUUUAUUGUUGAAUCUGUUUGUCAGCCAGGAGAGUGCCUUCUAGUCUUGAAAACAGGCUGGGGAUGGGAGAUUGGAAGAGGGCCUGGGAGUUGCUGGCAGGAAAGAGCCAGAGAGGAGAGAGGCCCCGGCCGGCUUGUGCCGCAGAGAGGCAGACCUCAGGCAGGCUCAGGCCCCAACGCCAGGCCCAGCCUGCCUCUUGCCAUGCAGCCAGGCCUCUGAGUGUGGUGUCUGCAGGGAAGGCAGUGACAUCGGCAGGGAGAGAGGACCAGCAGGGUCCAUGUGGCCCUUCCCGGCUGGAGCCAGAGGGGAGGGGAAGGCAUGGGAAUGACGGAGACGUGACCUGGAGGGGAGAUGAGGAGGAGGGGAGCUGGAUGAGCAAGCUCCGUUGGGAGUGGACCUCCCUGGCCCCACAGUAUCCUGGCUCCCUCAUUCAGCCGUCCAGCCAGGUGAUCUGGGGACAGGUGAUUGUCCCAGGUUGGGGAAAGGCCCUUUGAUCCUGAAGCUCAUUGGAGCUUCUCCUGUAGCAGCUCCAAAUACUUGAGGACUACAAGGGUCCCUCUCCCCUGGCAGGGUUUUGGGGGAUCCCUGGGUGUAUCAGAGACAGGCAGGAUGGGGAUGGUGUCUGGUGGCUGAGUGACUAUAAGAGGGAGCCUUUGUAAAGGCUCUCAGGAGGGAGGGAGAGGAACUGGGCAUUCUUCUGUCCCACCUGGAUGGGCCGGGCAGAGGCUGGGGCUGUGGAUGCAUCUGUCACCAAAACAGCAUCUGUGCCCCACUUUCUCCUCCCCACUGAGGUUCAUCCACCACCCCUGUCUCCUGCGUCUUCUCCCCUUCUUUGGUUUUUCCCAGCUUCAGGAUCGGGAUGAUCAAGGGGCAGGGGUGGGGGGGUGGGUCAGUGCCCUUUCUAAGGGCUGCUCCAGUCCCAACAUCUCCCAUCCUCGGGAUCCUUGGAGGGGCUGGGGGCAGUCCUGGGGCCACACUUCACCCAGGCCCAGGCCCCGAAAUCUUGAGACUGGAGUCCCCCUGCCAGUGGUAACACAGGAUGUGUGCGUGCGCGUGUGCAAGUGUGGGUGUAUGUGUGUGCGUAUUUGGCUCGUCUCUUUAGGGAAUUUGGGAGUUGGGUCAGAGGUGGUGGGUGAUGGAUGUCAAGUUCACUAGCACCCAGUAGAGAAAGGAAUCCGGAGGCGAGGCCUCUAGGGCCCCGGUUGGGGGGGAAUCUCAGCGCUGGCGAUGGAUGGCAGGGAUGGACCACACCAGGUGGCGCUCCUCUGUCCUCAGAUGUCCCAAAGGUUGGAGGACCUCUCUGUUCACUUCCCACACCGGGGCUCUUCGCAGUGGCGAGCUGACCGGAGCAGGCUAGGCCACUUUUGUUUCUAAUCAGUGUGCAAGGGUUUGAGGCUCUCCUGUGUGUCCACACGUGCGAGAGAGCCCAUCUGUGCACGCGUGCUGUUGCCCCACUUCUCUCCUCUCCCACAUGUCCUUCAAAACAGAUGUAAGAAAUUCCUUCCCCCUCCCUCCCCCCGCCUCCCAGGCCCUCGGCAGGAGAAACAGAAUAACCUAGCAUCCUCCCCAACCUCUGGCUGUGUAUUUAUACAGAUGGAAAUAUACUUUCUAUUUUGUUAUCAUCGUGCCUAGAACUCUGCCACCUUGUAUAAACCCUAAUGUAUGCUACUUACUGGAUAUGAAUGUAUUGUACACUGAGGCUGUCCCGCUCCUGUACAGCUGCUUCGUUUCUUUGCGAUCCAUCAUAUGGCUUUAUACAUGAUAAAGUGAAAGAAAAAUCA